AUGCCUAACCUCAGUUCUUUCUCUAAGGGUAUCCACAACCUCACCUCUCUUAAUGCCCUGCAUAUCGACAAGUGCCCUAAUCUUCGUUCCUUGCCUGACGAAAGAACACUCGCCACACUCUCAAGCCUAAUCAUCUCAAACUGCCCACUUCUUGAACAACGAUGUUUGAAGGAUAAAGGAGUAGAUUGGCAAAAGAUCGCCGACAUCCCCUAUAUUC